UAAUACAACAAGAUGCAGGAUAGCUCUAUGCAUCAAAGAUAAACAGACAGAAUUAAAAAAAAAAAAAAAAGGGCAUUGCUGUUAAUUGAGAUUCUCUGAACCAAUAGUUUACUGUUGAUGUAAGCAUGACCCAUCAUGUUUCAUGUAUGCGUGGACAUCGAAUAAGCAUUACUUUAUAGAGAAAAGGUUGUAUCUUUACCUUUCUGUGCAGCUGUGCAUACUUGUUAUCUGUGGUUUAUUUGGUUGUUACUUGUCUCUCCUUUUAAAAUCCCUAUGCUUUACUUUUGCAAGAUGGGAUGAUUAUUGAAACUCUGCAUCCUAAGGGGGGAAAUAUAAUGAGUUGCUGUUUUAUGUGUUAACUCCUUUUUACAUGGAGACACACUUCAUAGUAUAUUACAUGGAGUAAGAUUAACUUCUUCUAGACCUAAAGUUCAGACAUGGAUUAAAAAGAAAAGCAUUUUCUCCAAGGAUUAUGUGAUUGUUCCUAUUUGUUGUUGGUAAUUGCUGCUGUCUAUUGAAAUUUGCUGCUAUACCAUGUUAUAUCUGGGUUCUUUUCAUUGACUACAUCUCUCACUUGAUUUUUUUUUCUUUUUCUUUUUCUUUUUUAAUUUCACUAGGAGUCACUGGAGCCUCUUGAUAUUUGUCCACUUUAAUGAUAGUUCUGACUCGAAAACUAGAACCCCAUGUAUGUUGCUGCUGGACUCACUUGAGAAUGCGGAGCCAAAGAGACUUGAACCUGAGAUUAGAAAGUUUGUUCAGGACAUCUAUAGGGUAGAGGGCAGGGAAGAAGACAAGAAUGUGAUUUCCCGAAUUCCUCUCUUGAUACCUAAGGUGCCUCAACAAAGGGAUGAUGAGGAAUGUGGAAGCUACGUUCUCUAUUUCAUCAAUUUAUUUAUGCAAUUUGCUCCAGAAAACUUUUGUGAUUCUGAUUACCCAUACUUUAUGCGAAAAGACUGGUUUGAUCUUGAAAACUUAGAGUAUUUCCGCAAUAACCUUGAGAAGGAAACGUCUAGUAAAGUAGCUGUUAAAAGCACACAACAAACUUGAAAAGUCAAAUAUUCAGAUGCCCAUAGCCUACGUAAUGUGCAUGCUCUAGCUAUCCUGCUCUGUCUGAAGUCCAGAAUAAAGCCUGUUUCUUUGCUGGAACUGAUCGAGCUGACCUCAUAUGGCUAUAAUGUCUACUGUUUCUAUUGUCAAUACUCUUCUGUAUAGUUAUCAGGAUUUAGUCCAGCUGCCUCUUAUCCAAAUAUCUUACUAAUUAAUUUGUUCAUUCCAUUUAUCAUUGAUGUUACUUUUAAUGUGGUUAUAAUGUGUAUGAAAUGAGUGCCAAAGAGCAUUGUUGAAGUUGUAUGCUUCAUUAGAACAGGUUUUUGGAGUAUUAGAAGUAAAUUUUUGUAACUUUAUAUAUAUGUUAGUGUUUAUAUAUUAAUUUAAGUGAA